UUCAUCCAUUCAGUCAGUCAGUCAGUCAGUCAGUCAGUCAGUCAUUCAUUCAUUCAUUCAUGUUCUAUUUUUUGUAUGUUUCAGGGAGGCGAGCCUACUAAUACUGGCUUAAGGAGGGGAUGCUGAUUCUUCGACAUGGGUGAGGCAACUCAAUCAAUCAGAAGGGACGUUGCAUCCACCGCUCUGUCGAUCAUCGAAUCCUUCGCUCUGGUCGACAACGACACCGCCAUCAACGACACCGGCGAUGGGUUGCCUAGCAACACCGAGAGUCUGGCGCUAACGCGAUUCAUCGUCCAGAAGGUCUUGGUUCCGGUCGUCGUGUGUCUGGGCGUCCUUGGUAACGUCCUCAACAUGGUCAUACUGACCCGCCGCAGUAUGAAGUCGUCGACCAACUGCUACCUGACGGCGUUGGCAGCGUUCGACACGCUGUACCUCGUCUUCAGCCUGACGCUCAGCUUCAAACACUACUCGACGUUUAGCCGCAUCCCGUCUUACGUGUACUGGUACCCGUACGGCCGGGUCUUCACCGACAUGUCUGCGAACGUGUCCGUCCUUUUGACCGUCACCUUCACCGUCGAACGCUACAUCGGCGUCUGCCUGCCGAUGAAGGGGAGGAUACUCUGCACGGUUCAGAGAGCGAAGGUAAUCAUAGCCGUCGUCGUGGCCGCGGCUAUAAUGUGCACUGUGCCGGAGCUGUUCGAAAUGACUGUGGUCGAGAAAACGGUGGACAACGUUUCGUUCCCAGUUGCGGACUACACGGAAUUUUCUUUAUCGUACGGAUACAAGAUGGGAUACUACUGGUUCUUUGUCACGGUUUUUACCUUCAUCCCGCUCAUUCUUCUCUGUGUUUUCAACGGCAUCCUCAUUCAGUCCGUCUUCAAUGCGGUGAAGAUACGACGUCAGAUGACCUUGACCUCGCCAUCCAACAACGCUCAUCGUAGCCCCCGCUACGCCGGAGAACAGCAGAAAAUCACGAAAAUGUUGAUAACCGUUGUGCUCGUGUUUCUUCUCUGCCAGAUUCCAGGAGCGGUUUUGUUACUCUACUGGAGCUACGUGGAUCUAGCGGCCGUCAAGUUGCCCGUUAAGAUCAAAAACGAUCUGAAAAUCGCGGGAAACUGCACGAACUUGCUCGUGCAGAUUAACGCGUCUAUUAACUUCAUUCUGUACUCGCUCAUCAGCACGAAAUUCAGGAGAGUGUUCUGUCACGUGGUGUGUAAGACGACCAAGGCCAAAAGGGUUAACGGUAUGUCCAAGAAUUCGGAAUACACGGCAGUGCACACCGCUGGAUCUGUGAACAUGCAGUCAUUCAAACUUCACCAUCUUCACUAUCACUGCCAUAAUGGCGUCUGAUUCGUGUUUCAUAACCAUUACUGAUACAAAUUAAAGUUGCAUUCUCGGGUAUUUUUGCCAUUCUUCAGUUUUCGUUAACUGGAGUCUCUAUAGGUGAUGAGGGGAAAAGCAGUAUUCGCAACAAAACAAAAAUUAACAUUCAGGAUGUUGGCCGCUUUUUAGCGGCUUGUCGAUUGUGAAUUUUAAAAAUGGAUAUGGAAGCAGAUGACGACAUUCUUCAGUUUCU